AUGGAUAACAAUCCAUCUUUCUCGCUUUCGCUCUUUCUCCCAAUCAGUCGCGAGGGUUCCGGGCAUGAGAACGCAAGUGCCGGAAUCAAACAAAAGGCGGACGGGGAGUACGCAGCCGAACAACCGCAGGGGCUUCCAGCAGUGAUAGCUGAACUAACCAGAUGGGCCGCCCAAAACCUGGAGCUGACAUUGAAAUCGGAAAUCAACGUCGGACCCCGGCUAUCCGAAGAAGGCAGACUGAAGCGGAGGAGCAGAAAAUGCAACACAACAAGGGGCGAACCAAAGGCUUGCGCGAAGGAAGAAGCGAAUCAAUCAGAAUGGAGACAGGGAGGAGAGAAAAGGAAGAUUGAGCAAUGCAAAGGAGAAAGAAGUUGUCCCCUCUUAUCUGGUAACCCGCCGCCGCAUAUGUCGAAAAAGAGGGAGCGGGGAAGGAAGAACAACCGUUUUACUUUGGCACAUGAGGUGGCGGGUUUGGCUAGGUAA